AGCCAAAGUCCCAAUUGAAGGGAGGGAGGAGAGAGGCGAUGGAACUCUUGGAAGGUGAUUUAGAACUGAUACUCCACCUAUAAAGCCAUGAAUAAAAUAUCCUAGAAUUAUCUAUGACAUCAUAAAACAUCUUCUAUGAUGAUAAUACUGUAGUGGAGGGAAAAUGUUGUGGCUGUAUCUGUGUUUAGCAGGGGAAUGGGCUGCAGGAGCAGCCAUUUAUCACCAGGAUUCCACCACGGACAUGGUCCCAAAAGAGCUUUCGUUUCUUGAAGAUCCCAACUUCUUUGAUUACCCAGAUUCAGCCCAGGACAAAAUCCUGGCUAUCUCCCGCUUAAUUGGAGAGAAACCUGUUUACUUCACUUCCAAUUCAGGAGUUGCCAAAAAGAGUCCUAAGAAGCUGGACCAGCUCACAGCUCCUUGACAAAUUCGUCCUCUCUACAGACUACGAAAUUAAAAGGACUUAUUCGCUACAAUGACCAUUCUACGAAAA